AUGAACCACACAAUUGAAAAAAAACUCAACCACUACAAACCUAAAGUUCACUAUCUCUUGUUUCAGACUUUUUGCGUGGUGUCGAAGCGUUUCCGAAAGAACUAUAUUCACCGGUUCACGGCCACCAGGUCGUUGUUCUGGUACUCCCCGUGGUCUCCGGUCCGAAGAGCUUGCGUCUACCUCUCCACCAACCAGUACUUCGAUUACUUCGUCAUGGCUACCAUACUGCUCAACUGUGUCUUCCUCGCCAUGUCGGAGACUAUCGAAGAGGCUGAGUACAUUUUCCUGGCGAUCUACACGGCGGAGAUGAUAAUUAAGUGUAUAGCUAAGGGUUUCAUAUUAAAUAAGUACACAUACCUACGGAAUCCGUGGAAUUGGUUGGAUUUCGUCGUCAUCACGUCAGGGUACGCCACCAUCGGCAUGGAGGUGGGCAACCUGGCUGGUCUGCGGACCUUUAGAGUGCUAAGAGCAUUGAAGACUGUUUCUAUAAUGCCGGGUCUAAAAACUAUCAUCAACGCGCUGCUGCACUCGUUCAAGCAGCUCGCAGAAGUAAUGACGCUGACCAUCUUCUGUCUGAUGGUGUUUGCGCUGUUCGCGCUGCAGGUCUACAUGGGGGAACUCAGGAAUAAAUGCGUGAAGAACCUCGUCAUUCCACCUGGAGAGAACUUCACUGAUGAAGCGUGGUCAGCGUGGAUUCAAGAGCCAUCAAACUGGAUGGUGAAUGCGGACGAGGUGCCUAUAAUCUGUGGCAACCUGACAGGGGCCCGGCAUUGCCCCCCAGAGUGGACCUGUCUUUGUGUGGGCCCCAACCCUAACCAUGGGUACACCAACUUCGACAACUUCCUAUGGUCCAUGCUCACCACAUUCCAGCUUAUCACCCUCGAUUAUUGGGAGAAUGUAUAUAAUAUGGUACUGUCAUCGUGCGGUCCGAUGUCGGUGUCAUUCUUCACAGUAGUGGUAUUCUUCGGAUCGUUCUACCUCAUCAACCUGAUGCUCGCCGUCGUGGCCCUCAGUUAUGAAGAGGAGUCGCAGAUCACACAGGAGGAAAGGAAGAAAGACCUGAAUGAGCAUCGCGACGAUUCCACCUUCAGCUUCGAUCCAACGUCGCUGGCGGUUCGGACGCUCGCCAAGGACUCAAGAAAGCGCAUAGACGCGCGUAAAGGCCUACUAUUGGCCUCUUAUUCACGAAAACGGACAAGAAGACGUAAACGGGGCAGAAGUGCUAUUCAUCAUGCAGCUGCAGUUGCUGCUGUUGCUGAUGACGCGGGCAAGCGGUCCCGGUCGCGGUCUCGCUCGCGGUCCGUGACCCCGAGCGCAUCACCCCCGCCGCUGCCGGCGCCGCAGCCCCCGCCCCCGCCCCACACUCUGCACCCAGACAAUGCAUUAGGUCGAGGUGCUCUAAGUGCAGCGGGUCGUCAAUUAAGUGAUCACAGUAACAACAGGGAGUCUUCCCUUGAUGACUCGGGUGUGGUGGAUGACCACGAUGAUGGAGAGCAUACAUCUGACGACCAAGCACCACAUCCACACCCUAGGAGACAUCUACUGAUACCUCAACUGCCGCCGCCGCCAAACCACCCACCUACACCGAUGCCAAUGCCGAUGCAGACCCCCAUGCAGAUGCCAAUGCCAAUGCAGAUACAGAUGCCAAUGCCUAUGCCUAUGCCAACUCCAAUGCCUACACCAAUGAUGCCCAUGCCCAUGCCUCAAAUUCAACAGGUUUCUCAAGACAGCCAAACACAAGAAUCAAAACACAAACACGCAACAAAAAUUGAAAAACCUGCUUUAAAACCAAAAAAGCCAACAAAAAGCAUACAGGACAAGUACCCGUUAAACCCGGACUACCUCAACCAGAUCGUCGUGCUAGGGGCGGACUGGCCAUACAAGCGCGCGCCCGACCUCCCGCAAGCGGAGACGACGAAAAUUAAUGAGCUCAGUUUAUUGGCAGCCACGCACAAAACUCAUAUGGGCAAUUACGAGCAAAAUUGCACUUACUUCACAGAUGAGCUCGUGGAUAGAAACUGUGAAUGUUGCGUGUCUUGCUGUAUAGACUAUGAAGGCUGGCUCCAGUUCCAGAACUGUUUAUAUGGGAUUGUAAAAGAUCCCUUGUUUGAGUUGUUCAUUACAACUUGUAUUGUUCUUAAUACACUCUUCCUUGCGCUGGAGCAUCAUGGGAUGAGUGAGAACGUUAGAUCGGCCUUAGAUAUAGGAAAUAAGGUGUUCACGUCGAUAUUUACAUUGGAAUGUAUAAUGAAAGUGAUGGCGAUGAGUAAAGACUUCUUUGCGUGUGGUUGGAAUAUAUUCGACUUGAUUAUAGUGUCAGCAAGCCUUCUAGAUCUUAUAUUCGAGCUCGUCGAUGGCCUAUCUGUGUUGCGAGGUCUUCGUUUGUUACGAGUGUUAAAAUUAGCUCAAUCAUGGACUACAAUGAAAGUGUUAUUGAGUAUUAUAAUAUCGACAAUCGGUGCUCUUGGUAAUUUGACGUUCGUGUUAGUGAUAGUUAUAUACAUAUUUGCUGUGAUCGGUAUGCAACUAUUCUCCAAGUCCUACACACCGGACAAGUUCGACCCGGAUCCAGUACCCAGGUGGAACUUCAACGACUUCUUCCACUCGUUCAUGAUGAUAUUCCGGAUACUUUGCGGCGAGUGGAUCGAGCCUCUGUGGGACUGUAUGCGCGCGGAGCAGGAGACAGGGGCAGAGAGUUGCUUCUUCAUAUUCUUGCCCGCGCUCGUUAUGGGCAACUUUAUGGUGCUCAACCUCUUCCUUGCCUUGCUGCUCAACAGCUUCAAUAGUGAGGAACUUAAGAAUAAGAAGGAGGAAGUUGGUGAAGAUUCAAAAUUAGCUAAAAGUUUCGAUAGAAUACGUUCUAUAGUAAGAAAAAAAGGUUUCCUUAUAUCGAGAAGUAAAGAGACUGACAAAAAAUCUAAGUUAGAAGAGCUAGUUAACGAAUUUAUGACACAACAACGCGCUAUAAAGGAGAAGAAGGCGUCAAUACCGAGUGAGCAGAGGUACUCAGCAUCCAUACAGGAGACCAUCCUGUUCCCACACGACAAUAUUUAUAGUCAUAGUUAUCAAGAAGCAUUAAAUAGGCCAAUAUCAGUGGGUUCCGACUUCGCGUACCCACAUCUUUACCAAGCUACCAACAACUUUAACCACGGUAGUCAAGAAACUUUAAAAGACGUGCGUGACUUGGCGGCCGAACAUAAAAUCACUAGCAUUAGGGAAGAUUCCAAGGAAAAUCUUGAAGAUACAUCGCCUACAGAACAAGUUGCUGUUCAAAGGUUAUUGAACCAAGUAUCCUCUGGCUAUCACACGCAGCCAUCUGAUUCAAGAGAUGAGAACGAACAUUAUGAAAUGGCCCAGUUGUCGAGUAGAACAACGCCAGAAAAACCGAAGAGGCAACCCAGGGAACUACCACCAUCGAACAACUUAAGUAAGGAACCAGUCAAAGGAAGCAAUGAAGAAGACAUGAAGCGUCCGUGGCAAACUUUAGUCUCAUAUGUAGAUGAAUUAACCGUAGGUGGGAGAAAAAACUCACAGGGUCAAUAUAUUGAUGCGAUGGGAAACUUCCCCGGAUUUGGGAAACAGAAAGAGCCGAAAGUACCCGAAAAUUGUUUCCCUCGCCAAUGUUACGAUGCGAGUACUUGUUGGGAUGCAUGUAUUGAAACCAACUUGGGUCAGCGUUGGAUGUUUCUCCGGACCUAUAUCCUGCGGUAUGUAGACACUCCAGCCUUCGAGUGGUUCGUAUUGGUGCUCAUCUUUGCAUCAAGCAUCACGCUCUGCUUCGAAGACAUUCACCUCGAGAAAAACAAACCGUUGAAGAAAAUCCUAUACUGGACCAACUUGGGGUUCUGUAUGAUCUUCAUUAUCGAGAUGUUUCUCAAGUGGAUUGCGUUGGGGUUCUUCAGAUAUUUCACCAGUUUCUGGACUCUAUUAGAUUUUACUAUAGUAUUUGUUUCAGUAUUCAGUUUGUUAAUAGAAGAAAAUGAAAACUUAAAAGUGUUAAGAUCGUUAAGAACUUUACGUGCGUUGAGGCCAUUGCGAGCAAUAUCGCGCUGGCAGGGAAUGCGUAUCGUGGUGAACGCGUUAAUGUAUGCGAUACCCAGUAUCUUCAACGUAUUGUUAGUGUGUUUAGUAUUCUGGUUAAUAUUUUCUAUCAUGGGUGUUCAAUUUUUUGGUGGAAAAUUUUAUAAGUGUGUCGAUGAUGAAGGCGAAUUACUACCAUUAGAGAUAGUGAACGAUAAAUGGGAGUGUUAUUAUAAUAACUUCACUUGGAUCAAUUCAAAAAUAUCGUUCGACCACGUGGGCAUAGCCUACUUGGCAUUAUUUCAAGUUGCCACGUUCGAAGGCUGGAUGGAAGUGAUGGCCGAUGCAGUCGACGCACGAGGUGUUGAUUUGCAGCCAGCGAGAGAAGCUAACAUCUACGCUUAUAUUUAUUUUGUCAUAUUCAUCGUAUGCGGUUCAUUCUUCACCCUUAAUCUGUUCAUAGGAGUAAUUAUAGAUAACUUUAAUAUGCUCAAGAAGAAGUACGAAGGCGGAGUUUUAGAAAUGUUUCUUACUGAGAGUCAAAAGCAUUACUAUACAGCAAUGAAGAAACUUGGUAGAAAAAAGCCCCAGAAAGUAAUAAAGAGGCCAAGGAAUCAGUUCUUAGCAAUGUUCUACGAUCUCUCAAAUUCUAGAAGAUUUGAGAUCGCAAUUUUCGUUUUAAUAUUCCUAAAUAUGCUCACUAUGGGCAUAGAACAUUAUGAUCAACCGCAUUCCGUUUUCUUUAUAUUAGAAGUUAGUAAUGCGUUUUUCACAACUGUGUUUGGUUUAGAAGCGAUAGUGAAAAUAGUAGGUCUUCGGUAUCAUUAUUUCACGGUACCAUGGAACGUGUUCGACUUCCUGCUGGUGCUGGCGUCUAUCCUGGGCAUCUUGAUGGAGGACAUCAUGAUCGACCUUCCCAUCUCGCCAACCUUGCUACGAGUCGUACGAGUGUUCAGGAUAGGGAGAAUUUUAAGACUGAUUAAAGCCGCUAAGGGCAUUAGAAAACUACUGUUCGCGCUAGUAGUAUCGCUGCCCGCGCUAUUCAACAUCGGCGCGUUACUAGCUCUCAUCACCUUCAUCUACGCCAUCAUCGGCAUGUCCGUCUUUGGGCACGUCAAGGAGCAAGGAGCGCUCAACGACAUCGUCAACUUUCAAACUUUUGGAAGAAGUAUGCAGUUGCUUUUUCGUUUAAUGACAUCAGCCGGUUGGAACGACGUAUUAGAAUCACUUAUGAUCCAGCCUCCUGAAUGCGAGUUAGGCGAACAUCCCGGCCAGAAUGGCAACUGUGGAAGCCCACUCCUGGCCAUCACGUACUUCACUUCGUUCAUCAUCAUUAGCUACAUGAUUGUCAUCAACAUGUACAUCGCCAUUAUCCUCGAGAAUUUCAAUCAAGCGCAUCAAGAGGAAGAGAUUGGAAUCGUUGAAGAUGAUUUGGAGAUGUUCUAUAUUCGGUGGUCAAAAUACGACCCACACGCAACUCAAUUCAUAAGUUUCGCUCAACUAUCAGACUUUAUAGCUUCCUUAGACCCUCCGCUAGGCAUCUCGAAACCUAAUACAGUGGCUUUAGUCAGUUUUAAUCUGCCAAUAGCUAAAGGCAAUAAGAUUCACUGUUUAGAUAUACUUCAUGCCCUUGUCAAACAUGUGUUGGGGCAUGUCGAAGAGACUGAUACGUUCAGACAGCUUCAAGAACAAAUGGAUAUCAAGUUCAAGAAGCAGUUCCCUACGAGGAAAGAGCUGGAAAUCGUUUCCUCGACGAGGAUAUGGAAGAGAGAGGACAAGGCAGCCCGGACUAUCCAACGGGCGUGGAGAGAUUACGUAAAACGAAAAAAUCGCAGCCCAUCACAAGAAGAAGAGAGUACAAAGUGGUCACCUGGCGGGGGUUGGGGCGGGCGGCUGAGUGCUCUGCUGCACGUGCGGCGCGGCUCGCACGCGUCCAGUCGCAAGUCGUCGCGAGCGUCCGACGCGUCCGACAUCAGCGAGCUGGGGGGCGCCUGGCUCAACCUGCCGCUACUGCUGCUACCAGGGGCCGCGCCCGGGGAACAACCGAGUGGUUCUGAGUCAGCGCCGCCUCGAAGGCGCUCGGCCUACGGAUUGCCAAUCUUCCUGCGGCAUCAGGACGCCAUGGACGAAGAGACCGGCCCGAAACGAGCAGGUUCCCUUCGGCUGAGCUCGCGGCGCAGCUCCAUGCGUCGCGUGACACCGCCGGCGCGCGCGCGCACUCCGUCGCCACACGCCAACAGUGAGGUCAGCAUCCUCGUGACGGAGGCGUCUCCUGACGCAGCUCCAGUGGCCACGUCUGCGCCCCCCGCGCCCCUCACCCCGACUGCGCCCCCCGCGCCCCCGCCCACACUGGUGCGUGUGCUGGUGCACCGAGAGUCGGACGAGCGCCCCAGCUGAUCUCCGACUCCCGAGCUCGAGCCCCGAGCUCCUCCUCCGGACGUUCCCCCAUCGAACGACCCCGAUUGACUUUCCAUCCGGCAGUGCUCCGGCGAAAAUUGUGAUUUUUAAAUUUAAUUAGCCCCGUUCGCGGAUGUCAUUAUGGUGGAUACGUUGAGAUAGAUGACCUCGUUUCUCUAAACCUAGUAAACUUUAGACACGAGAGAUGUAAUUUUGUUAUUUACGGGUAGAAUUUGAAAUGCGCCCAUUUAUCUCAACAAUUAAUAAUUAAUAGAUAGUUAAUACAGUAAUAACUUGAAACUUCCAGAGUCGUUACAAUAAAGUUUUCAUUAGUAUCUCGUCGAAUUCAAUAAAGCUUUACGAUACCGAACUGCGCUAGGACGCGCGCCACGCAAGUUGCAUUACACGCCGGUAGGUAACAUUCGUUUUUAGACGCUUUAAUAGAGUAAUGUUGCUGAAUCCGAUUUCUCUGGAUCGUAGAAAGCUAGGAUUAAUUAACAGAUUCAUAACAAUUACCUUAUUCAAUUAUAGACGUAGAGAACCAAAAAUGUGCCUAGAAAAAUACGUAUAAACACAAUAAUAAUACAUAGAAAUCGGAAGUCUAUACCAAAAAUAAUUAAAAAUCGAAUCUAAGCAUAGCAUGUUGUUAAGGUUUACUACUUUGAAAUACUUACUUCAAACAAUUUUGUGAUAUUUUUUAAAUCAUCAAAGUACGUAUUAAUCUAUUUAUCUUAACUUUAAGAGUUGUAGAGUUCGAUUUUACUGUAGAUGUUGCCUUAUCCACCUUCUACGAACCAGAGUUCGGUAAGACAGCAGUUUGUUUUAUUAAAAUUAUGAAUUUAAGUAGUUCGCUAUUUGAGACCAAGUGUGUCAAGUUUAUAUUGUGUUAAUGUAAAUAGUGUUGUAUAUGAGGAGAAUGACUGAUGUCACCGUGUCAAUAGAAUUGUAAAGAAGCCUAUUAAAUCAGUCUGUACAAAAGAUAAGCAUGAGCAUGAAAGAUAAGUGAAUCAAUAUCAAUAAUAUUGUUUCUAUAAAUAAUACGAGGCAACAUAAUAGUACCUAUGAAAAUAAAUGGGCCUAAAACACUACCCAGAGGAACACCGUUACAACCGCGCUUUUUUGUCAUUUCUACCGUUGAUUUAAGAGUAAAAGAAUAUAAAUUCUGGUGUGAUUUACUUUUCUGUUUGUCCAAAAAUGCAAUUGUUCUAUAUAUUGCAAUAUCUAGGUAUUCCUGUAUUUGAUUGACAUAAUCAAAAGCUUUAGAAGAACUUAAAAAACAAUAUUUGUACGGUAUAUUACUCUAACAUGUCAUGUUUCCUUUUGUAUAGACUGCAAAAGGUGGUUGCAAAGACAUCAAGAGUCAGUUUAGGCUUCUGAAUUAUUGACUACAGUUCAAAUGCCAUAUUAUUGUUGAAAAUUAUUAGAAAUUAAGAUAACAUUUUUGCAAAAUAUUAGUUCUAUGACCAUUAAAAUGGACGGCAUAUUGUUAUGUAUUAUAUUGUAUAAGUAUGUUGCCAUAUUAUUUAAGGAAAAUGUGCUUAACAUAUUUAAUGUAAUAUUGGAAAACCCCUACAUACCUACUUCCUAAUUAAUAUGAUGGCUCUAGACAUAAUGAAACAUGUGUUAAUAGAUACAUAGACAUUUGAGCCAGUAAGAAUUCAGAAUGUUUGGAAAAGACUUUUAGAAACGAUAACACCAUGACCUUAAACUACAUUAAUUAAUAGAAAAAAUACAGAACGUAUUCUUUCGAUAUCAUGACCUUACAAUACAAAUCUAAACUUAUUUCAAACAUCUUAACGUUUUUAUUAUUAAAAAGUAUCUUUUCAAUGAAACAUUAUCUACCUACAGUAGAUUUGACUGCCUUUCCUUUUAUCAUUAGACAUUGUAGACAAUUAAAUUCAAGGUGUUCUAUAGCUUUUGUUAUAACAGGAAUUACAAAUCUAGACGUAGUUAUUUGUUUUUCAAAACACGUCGCCAUUUUCUACGUCUUAAUUCCUAUUUGCUAGUCAAUAUGAUCUCGCUAGAGCUUUAAUCUUUGGCAUGAUAAUUGUUAAGUUGGAGAUUUUAAUCGAAAUAGGAAAAAUAGAAACUGUCAGUCAUUUUAAUACGUUAGUUCAACUCUAACUGACAUUAUAAUUACCUAGCAAUGUUACUGAUUAAUAUUCACUUUUAAUUUCUACAAACAAUUCUGGAUUCAUAUUUACUCUUACAUAUUUCUGGUAUUUUAUCAUACUUAGGAAUGUUAAAGUUCCUAGUAGGUACUUUUGCAAUAACUAAAAAAUAUUCCUCUUCAUGCACAAAUAUGUGGCAAACGAUGGCAUACAGACAAACAUGUACAAAAUGGGCAAAUAUUCGCACAAAUCUCAAUAGAUAUAAUUACGUAGUAAGUCUUGGAGUUACGUACGUUUAAUGUAUUUAUUUAUUGUUAGACGAGUUACGUUGGCUUUGUGAUUUUUGUUUAGUUUGCAAAACGUUUUGUAUGUUUUAUUUUCUACUCGCCUUUUGUAUAAUCUUACUGUAUUAUUGUAUUAUUAAUAUCAUCUUCAGGCGAAGUUAUUAGUUAAUUUAGCCCGUCCACAUGUUCCUUUUGUUAAUUGUUUUAUAGUUGUAACAUUAGCUUCUAAUAAUGUUAACGAGUUGCUAAUAUAGGCGCACCAAGUGCUUUCGAAUUAUAUUUUAGCUGCAUUUAUGUACAAUCGGCCCGAAAAGUGAUCACUUUUUAUUUGUUGGCGAAUUAAUUAGCGCCAUAUAUCACUUUUGGAACCGAUAUUACAACUACGACGAGAAUUUACUUAGGAGAAUCAUAAAACGUUCAAUAAAUAAAGAUGUUGAUGCGGUGGUUUUAAAUAGUUCUAAUAACUAUAGAAUUAGCUUUUUUUCUAAAAGAAAAGUUUAAAAAGAAUUUUAAAAUUUCUCUAGAAGUAUACUUGAGCAGGUACAUUUUUAAUCCCCAAAUAUUUUCCAAUUUAGCAAGGACCAAAACUUCUUUUUGUUCGAAAAAAUUUUCCAUUUACCUACUAAUUAUAUUCUUGACCAACUUUUGAAUUCAUUUUUACUUAGAAUUUUCGAGGCCUGUAUCAGAUUAUGCUAGAGUGUAGAUGCUGACACCUUGUAACAUAUUAGUAUUUAUACCACCUCGCUUUAUGACAAGUUUUACACCAUUUGCUUUAAACCCUUUGAUAUCUCAACAAGCCACACUCACAAUUAAAUAUUUUCAAUUCUAAAAGGAGGAAGCAUGAUAAAAUUGUUCUAAUAGAAUAGAUGAUAUUUCUCAAUAUUGUUCAUUACUAUGUACAUAAUGAAAGAUGCAAUAAUUUUUCAUAAUUUUAUCUAUAGUUAUAUCUUGAAGAGGUUGUUAGUGGUUACUUUUAACUAUAAUUUAUAAUAUGUACAAUGUACAUGUAAAACUAUUGUAGUUAGUGAAAUUGCAAUGUUUAAAGCAUGUGUUGGGCAUGAUUCAAUUUGUGUAACAUAUGUUUAAAUUGUAUGAUAUGUAAAUAAAAACUUUAAAUGAGACCUGCGAAAUAUGAUUUUCUUCCGAGGUACAAAAUAUAAAUUAACCAUGUUGAAAACUAUGAUUAAAUGAAAAUAUAGACA